AUGGUGCCUAGCGCAUCAAGUGUGCUCUGUCGCCCAUGGCCGACCCUUAGAAGUUGGAAUCCGUUCGCUCCGCCGCCGCCUCCUCCGGAAAGCGCGUCGCUGCUCAAUCGAAUGCAAGAAUUCGCAAAUCGCGAGCUUCUGACGUCCCGGGCGCUUCUCACCGACUUCCAGGACUUUAUCCAGCAGGGGAACAUGAUCGACAUGGCGACCGGAGCCUCGCCAACUAUUACUGGGUCGUAUGGUGCCCAACAACUGCCACUAGUUGCUCAAGUGAGACUUGGGAGACUUGGAAACAAGCUCGUGAAAGACGGAGUUGUGACCAUCAACUACGGCUUGUUCAUGGAAAAUGCGGUGACCUUCUUCAUUAACGCCAUCUUCCUGUUCUUGGCGGUCAAGAAAGUGUUCGAAGUAGUGUUCAAGCGUAGCGUGCUGGUCAAGAAGCAAUGCCCACACUGUAAGGAAUUUGUGAAGGGUGAUGCAACUCGAUGCAGAUAUUGCUGCUCUGACAUGGAGUGUCCUCCAAGUUCGAGAGGUUUUUGGAUGACACCUGGCUGA